AGACCCCUGGGGUUAGAAAUGGGCGUGUGUUUAAUUCCCGGCCCCUUUGGGCGCUGUGUGCAGUGUCAGAGCGGACGCUUUAGCAGUUGCACAGCGUGAGUGAGGAGGGGGGAAGACUUUCGCGGCCGUACAGCGCGCGCGGGAGGCGGUGAGAGCGGAGAGCCGGGGCUGCGGGUGGCCCUGAUGGCGGGGCUGCGCUGCCGGGCGCUGGGCCUGGGUCUGGCCGUGUCCGUGGCCGCGGUGCUGCUCUUGGCCGCGGGCCCGGGGCUCGGGCUGAAGCAACGCUACGAUUCCGGCUCCGACCACAAACAAAACACCCUGAGGCGGGCGGCGAGCGGCCUGUACCAGAGCCUGGCGGCCGCGGCCGGGGAGGCCAACCUGCGCGCGCUGCACAAGUUUUUCUCGAGAAUCACGGAGCAGUUUGUGCAGGGGGUGGAUACGCUGGUGGACACAGUGUGGAAGAUCUGGGCCGACCUUCUGGAUGUGCUGGGGAUUGAUGCAACGAACCUGACCCAGUAUCUGACCCCGACCACAGUGGCCAACCACCCGGCCCGAGUACUGCUGCUGGUAGUGGCAGUGCUCAUCGGGUACUGGUUCCUCUCCAUGUUCCUGGGACUGUUCUUUUAUGCCCUACAUGCGCUACUCGGGCGCUUUUUCUGGCUGGCUCGUGUAGCCCUCUUCGCCCUCUCCUGCCUCUACAUCCUGCAGAAGUUUGAGGGAGACCCCGAGAGAGCAGUGCUCCCCCUCUGCUUCGUGGUGUUGGUUUAUUUCAUGACCGGCCCCGUGGGCUUUUACUGGCGACGCGGUGGUGGAGGAGGCCACCUGGAGGAGAAGAUCGAUCACCUCGAGGGGCAAGUCCGGGUCAUGAACCUGCGUCUGAACCGAGUGCUGGAGAGGCUGGACCGAAACAACAGCCAGUGAUCAACUAGAUCAAGUGGUUCGGUAACAGUGGUUUAACAAGCAUUGAAUCUAACACGUUCAACCCAGCAGCAAACGGAAUUAAUAAUCUGCAUUUUGGGGGCCGCGCUUUAACAAUCAGUCAAUCACUAUUUUUUAAAAAAAAUCUUCUAUGAGAUUGUUUUUAAUUUAAAAUGCAUUAUUAAGUGAUUAGUGCUUGUCUCUUGGUAGUGAUGAUUAUUGGGUGGUGGGGGGUGAGAAAUUGUCUUUCAAAGUGCUUUUUUAUUAUUGUUCUGUUUAACCUAUGUCUUAAACUUAUACCAGGGGGCCAAAAUGUGUUAUUUUCUGUAUGUGAUCCGAUUGUGAAGAGACGUUAGCGAUGGAGAAACGCGAGCAAACAUUUGCUCAGUCUCUGGGUAAGAGAAAGAACAAGGUCGGACUAUAUUUUUGCUCAGCAUUUUUUAUGCACUCUUUGUGGACGUGAUGUUUCCUCAUCGAAUUUAGAAGGUUGGUUGUGGUGACAUUAUCUCUUGGCUGUGGUGUAGUAUACUUAUACUGUUGCUAUAAUCAUGGGUUAAUUAAUUCCAAAAUAAGUGUCAUUUGUAUUGGGUUUUCUCGGCUGCUCUCUCCCUGUGCCUCUCAGUGAGAGGGGGAGACUGGUACAUCUAGACCUGUCUGCGACUUGCUAUGAGGGCCUGUGCUAUGUGGUUCAUUCGCUACAAAACACAGUGUGAGUGGUGGGAUAACUGGUGACCUGUGUGUGUGUCUGUGGGAGACCAGAGUUGUUCUAAUUAUGUAUCUCAAGUCUCGGGUCCACAAGAACAUUAUGCAUAUCUUCAGAAACCAAUCAGUGAAGCGGCAAGCAGCGCCUCGGCACCAAUGACUGGCCGUGUCACUCGGGCUUCUUAAAUUUGAGAGAGGGUCUGCGGAAGGAAUCGUAACCGGUGAAUCCUGAGACACAGGAUAAGAUCCGCUGGUUGCAAAUCCCUUUUUACACAGUGGCAAAGCAGGCCCCUUUUUCUAUCAGCUGAACUCAGUUGCAGUGAUAUUUUAACCUUUAACGGCAAUUCAGUCAUAUGACCAUAGAAUAUUACAAGCACAGAAGGAGGCCAUUUGGCCCAUCGUGCUUGUGCCAGCUCUUUGGAAGAGCUACCCAAUCGGUCCCAGUCCCCCGCUCUUUCCCCAUACCUCUGCAAAUUUUUCCUCUUCAAGUACCUGUCUAAUUCCCUUUUAAAAGUUGUGAUUGAACCAUGCCAAUAAUUUUCAAGCUGAUUUAUUUUUGCCCCAAAUUAUGAUGAUGGGAGGCAGAGACAAUAAGCCGAUAAACUUGAAGACAAAGUCCCUUUGACUUGCAAAGUGAAGCGUUCGUACAGAGUAUUCCGUCCUUUGGAUAACAUAUCUGGCUGCUCUAAAGUAUGGAAUUGAUUUUGUUAAUUAAAUGCCUGAUAUAAUUUAAUUACAAAUACACUGUUUAACAGUUGAAGAUUUUCACACUUCACCUGUGUGUGCGUGUGCGCAUGUCUGUUUUUAAUCUCACUUCCCAUUCACCUAUGACGUUAUGUUCUCUUGUGUCAUUUGGACAGUACCUCACAUCGUACAGUAACUGUUACACUUAUGUAUGUGCCGUGGUAGGGAUUUUGUGAGAAUAUCGAGGUGGCAAUUUUGUUAUAAAUGAGAAUUAUAUCUAAUAAUGACAAUGUGUAAAAGCACAAUGUUGCUGUACGUCUUAAUUCAGAAGUAAAAAUGAUGGCAAUACCAUUUUCCAAUUGAAUGCUGGUUUAUAUCGAGAUUUUAUCGAGGUUUAAUAUUAUUAUGUUAUUGGAUAGUUUACUAUUUAUUAAAUAUGAUUAACUGGUACGAUUGUGUUUGCGUGUGUGUAUAUACAGUAAACUCCUGAUAACUCAACCCUGGCUUAAUUUGUCACUACCACUUAAGUCAUCAUGCUGUUGAUAUCCUGGCCACACUUAUUUAUGUAUUUAUAUAGACGCCUAACUCAUCACUGAGCUUUUUUCCUUCAGAGUGACGAGUUGUCAAGAGUUUACUGUAUGCGUAUACUAUAUGUAUUUCACUUAUUAUUAACUGAAAUGUCAGCAUGUAUCCAAAGUCACAGGGGAUUCGGAUGAAAGUGGCUGUUUGAUCUCAUUCUCCACACAACAGUCUUCCCAUUAAAACAUUAAUAUGUUGCUUAAAUUAAA